AUGGCGUCCCCAGAUCCGACAAUUGAUCUCCAUUGGGGAGAUUAUCGUGGUGCAAUCCACGAGAUAUUUGCAAAGAAUGCCAAAGCCUUCCCAGACAGAGAGUGUGUUAUUGAAACCAAGAGCUCACACAAAAAUGAGCGCUCUUUUACAUAUCGCCAAAUCCAUGAGGCGUCCAACCUACUAGCUCAUCACUUUCUAAGCCAUGGAUGCAAGGUUGGAGAUGUAGUCAUGAUAUACGCUUACCGAGGCGUUGAACUCGUGGUGGCCUACAUGGGUGCUCUCAAAGCUGGCGCGACUGUCAGUGUGAUUGAUCCACAGUAUCCUCCUGAGCGCCAGACGGUGCUAUUAGAUGUCGCCAAGCCUAGAUUCCUUGUCUGCAUCGAAAAGGCAAACGAAGAGUUUGGUCCACCUUCUGACCUCGUCUUGAAAUUUGCCUCGGACAACCUGAGCCUCAAGUCUACUAUUCCAGCACUGGAGCUGUUAGACAACGGCGAGCUGAGUGGGGGUUCUGUCGAUGGCAAAGAUUCCCUCGAUCCCUCAGAAUACAGCCGAGAGGACCCUGCCAAUGUUCUCAUUGGACCUGACUCUAUUCCUACUUUGAGUUUCACCAGUGGUUCGGAAGGAAGACCCAAGGGUGUUCAAGGUCGCCAUUUCUCUUUAACUCACUACUUCCCUUGGAUGGCAGAAAGAUUUGGCCUCUCAGACCAAGACAGGUUCACAAUGCUUUCGGGAAUUGCCCACGAUCCAAUCCAGAGAGAUAUCUUCACGCCACUCUUUCUUGGAGCUAAAAUUAUCAUCCCACCGGUAGAUGCGAUUGCUUACGAGCUCCUGGCCGAAUGGAUGAAGGAGAACAGCGUCACUGUUACCCACCUGACCCCUGCGAUGGGCCAGAUCCUCGUUGGAGGCGCUACUGCUCAGAUCCCCUCUCUUCGAAAUGCCUUCUUUGUGGGCGAUUUACUAACGAAGAAGGACGUAAACAAGCUGCGCAAUCUUGCGCCCAACACCAGUGUCAUCAAUCUGUAUGGGUCGACAGAAUCGCAACGGGCAGUGUCCUACUUUGAGAUUCCAAGCAGGGCACGAGAGCCCCUAGUCCUGGAUACCUUGCCGGAUAUCAUCCCAGUUGGCCAGGGUAUGCAAAAUGUUCAGCUAUUAGUCGUAGACCGCGACGAUCGGUCUCGACUGUGCAAAGUUGGCGAGCAAGGAGAGCUCUUUAUUCGAGCAGCCGGUCUUUCAGAGGGAUACCUGGGAGAUGACGAAAAAACCACGUCUCUGAACAGCUCCAAGUUCCUUCUCAACUGGUUUGUCGACCCGACCAUCUGGGCUCAGCAGGAAAAUGGUACGAGUGCCGCCGAGGCUUACAAGCCAUGGGGCUACAAGGGACCGCGAGAUCGCCUGUACAGAACCGGUGAUCUUGGCCGGCGCCGUGAAGACGGAAGUGUAGAGUGCACAGGAAGAAUCGAUUCUCAGGUCAAGAUCCGCGGUUUCCGAAUCGAGCUGGGAGAAAUCGAUACACACCUUUCGCAGCAUCCAUUUGUUCGCGAAAACGUCACUCUAAUUCGAAGAGACAAGGACGAAGAGCAUACGCUCGUCACAUAUUUUGUUCCUGAGACAAAGCGCUGGUUCCAACACGUUCAAAAGGAAAGUGGCCAACUGGAGCCGGAGUCACAAGAUGAGUCGAUGGGCCAAAUGCUUCGAAAGUUCAAGUCGCUUUCUGAAGACUGCAAGAAGUAUCUCGCUACCAAGGUCCCCAAAUAUGCCGUUCCUAGCCUCUUUAUUCCUCUUGCGCGGAUGCCAUUGAAUCCCAAUGGAAAGAUUGAUAGACCUGCGCUUCCCUUCCCCGAUGCCGCAGAUCUCAGUUUCCUAGCGAAGCGACGAGCCUCGUCCGUAUCUGUCAACUUGACACCUACGCAGGCUCGCCUAGCUUCGAUCUGGGCCUCUGUGCUUCCAAACACCUCAGCAAGAAUGUUCAGACCAAACUCCAACUUUUUUGACGAGGGAGGACACUCUAUUCUUGCACAGCAGAUGUUCUUCAGCCUUACCAAGGAAUGGAAGGACAUCAAUCUGCCGAUCAAGGUGAUAUUCCAGUCUCAGACUCUCGAGGCUCUUGCUGCAGAGAUCGACCGUGCUCAAGAUCCCAUCGGCCUGCGCCUGGAUGCAAUGCCCCUUGAUGGAGACAAGAAUGUCGAGGACGAAGCGUAUGCCAUUGACGCAAGGGACCUUACAAGCAAAAUUCCCAAGUCUAUUCCCACAGCAGGUGUAGUCACCUCACCUCGCGUGCUUUUAACUGGCGCUACUGGCUUCUUAGGUUCAUAUAUUGUGCGCGAACUCCUCGAGGGCCCUAUCAAGGCCAAUGUCAUCGCCCUCGUACGAGCCAAGGAUCAGGCGGAUGGUAUCGCUCGACUGGAAAAGGUAAUGAAGGCCUACGGCUUAUGGUCUCAAGAAUGGAUAGCUUCGUCCAGGCUUGAAGUCGUGGUGGGAGAUUUUGGAAAAUCGCAGCUUGGCCUUUCCCAGGACGUUUGGGCCCGCCUCACCACAGAGGCUGAUGCCGUCAUCCACAACGGCGCCCAGGUCAACUGGAUGUUGCCGUACUCAAGUCUUCGAGCAGCCAACGUGCUUAGCACACUGGCCUGCAUUCAGCUUUGUGCCACUGGAAAGGCCAAGAGGCUGGCAUUUGUUAGCUCAACCUCGACACUAGAUAACGACCAUUACGUGGAGCUCUCCAAGAAGGCCGGUGCCGUGAUGGAAGCAGAUGACCUCGAGGGAAGCCGCAAGGGCCUUGCCACCGGAUACGGACAGUCCAAGUGGGCAAGUGAGCUCCUGGUACGUGAGGCCGGUCUUCGUGGCUUGGCUGGUGCCGUCAUCCGUCCUGGCUAUAUCACGGCCGAUCCAGCAUCUGGAAUCUCCGUUACAGACGACUUCCUCGUUCGAUUAUGGAAGGGAUCACUGCAAGUCGGUGGGCGCCCAGACAUAAGCAAUACGCUCAACGCCGUGCCCGUCACGCAGGUCAGUCGUAUCGUAGUCUCAUCUGCGUUCCAUCUCUCUGCGGCGACUGGACAGUCUGUAGCCGUGGCCCAAGUCACCAGCCACCCGCGGUUGACGCUCAACGACUGGAUUGGCGCUCUUGAGGCCUAUGGCUAUGAUGUCCCCAUUCUGCCGUACCCAGAAUGGUCCGCAAGGGUCAAGGAGUAUGUCAGCGACGAUACCAAGGAGGAGCCUCAUGCUCUGCUGCCCCUUUUCCACUUCGUCGUGGGAGACUUGCCCGGCAACUCCAUUGCGCCAGAGCUGGACGACGCCAAUGCCUUGGCGGCACUGAAGCUCUACGAGCAAGAGUCGAAUGUCUCUCAUGCUGUGGAUGUACAGUCUCUAGGCACGUAUUUGGCGUAUCUGGUUGCUAUUGGAUUCCUCCCUGCCCCAACUGGGAGCGGCAAGACGCCAUUGCCAAAGCUAGACCUGGCUGCGUCGCAGAUUUCGGCUGCCAGUAGCUUUGGCGGCAGAUCUGCCAAGCCGACACCUGUAGUACUAGUUGCUUCUGGUUCGCCAAAGCAGCACUCACAGCGCGGCAUCGGCAAAAGUGAGCUUCCGGCUCUUGGGCUUUCAUUGGCCCAUCUCGCUCUGGCAGCGCCAGCAGCAGAAGCUCAGGAAAAAAAGUGGGCAGAGCCAGAGCAGAGCAGCCUUGCCCGGCGCCUCUGCGCUUCUGCGCUUCUGCCGGUUCUCCUCGUCGUGGGCCAAUUUGCUCCUCCUCCAACGUUUCUGGCGCAUGACACAAGCCUCCAAGUCUGCUAUCUGCUCCGCCAGAUUCUCGUCCCGUCGAAUCUUGUGCUCGCCGUCGGCCUUCUCGUUCUCUACGCAGCUCUGCCCUCGUCAGCGGCCGGCCGGCCUCGGAAUCUGCUCAUCAUGGCGUCGCAGCAGGUGCUCUUCGCCGAGACCAUCGCCGGCAUGAAGAAGGCUUUUAAACGAAGGGCUUAUGAAUCCGAUUCUGACUCCGAGAUCGAAAGCUUCACCAACCGCGGCAACAAACUUAAGAAGAGGGCGCGUUUCGCACACAAGGGACAAUUGAUGCCCACGGCAGGGCCCGGCGCUUACAAAGAGGUACCACCUACUGAGUCUCGGCUGGACAUCCUUGCGCCGCUUACUGCCUCGACCGACCUGCCAAUCCACCCCGUCCUUUCCAAACCGUUCACCUCCAAUACCCUCACAGAACUAGUCAAGCAGAGUUCUCGCAUAAUGCAAAAGGAAAACCGGUCGCUGUGGCAGGUUCGACACUUGUGGACCUCUCUGUGUGGCGAUUCCACGUGGGUGCCGUGUUCAACCAUGGUCGGCACGAACGAUAUCGAUUUUUAUAUUGAAAAAAGCACUGCUCGCCACUCUCAAGAUUCCACAAAGACAGGCGAGGGGGCGUCUUCACCUGCCAAGCUGAAUGGCGAAACCAGCAAAAACGAUGCCCCAGGAACUCGGGCGACAAAUGAAUUAAAAACAUCGAGUGAACACGAUGCUGCCAUUUCGGCAGAUGCCGAUGUGCCCAUGGACGAUGCCAAUGCACCAGAGAAGAGGAAGACGCCUCCCAGGCAAGAUGUGGAGAUGAUGGAAACAGACGACGGAGCUUCCAAAGAGCAACCCACAGCAACGGACGUCAAUAAAGAAAACGGCAAAGACGCAGCCAAUGGAGACACAGCUAAACUUAUUAAUGGCGGAGGGCCAUCGACCGAAACUGCGAGUCAUGGUCGUAAGAAGGGAAGCCGUCUGCCCAGCGAAGACGUGCAUAUGCAAGAUGGCGAAGCAGCAAACGAAGCCUCCCAUAAUGGCGUAGAGGCCAGCCAGUCCUUCAUCCAUCCAAUGUUCCUACCUCCCCCAAAUGCCGCGCUUGAUCGAAACCUUGGCUUACCUGACAACGAAGCUGAAGACAUGAGGAAGCUUCUAUCCCUAUACGUGCAGAAGCAAGAAGAGGUCUGUCGGGGGGCUGCCAGGCUCCACCUGGGCUUGCUGAGAGCUCAAAGACUUCGUAAGGACGUGCUGCAUUGGUCAAAAGCAGAGGCACACUCCGGACCAAAUCGAGACAUGUCAGACGGCGAAGACUGGUACGACAAGGAAGAAUGGGGCCUGACAGAAGACCUCAAGAAGGGCCAAGACGAGGAAGAGGAAGACACUACCACUACAGGGAAAAAGACGAGAAAUAGGCGAUAA